AUGUCGCAUGGAAGAGUUGUGCCGUGGAAGGAUGAGAAAGAGUUGGACGAAUUGAAGCAAUGGUUUUAUAGUGUCAGUGACGGUAAUGAUCUCAGGUUGAAGGCUAUUAGCCGAGUGAAGAGUUAUAAAUUGAAAGGUUCUCAGUACUUGCCACAUGUUAUUGACUCGACCGCGCAAUUGACAAGUGCUAUUCUUGCAGAUGAGAAGCAUGGUGGCUCUGAUGACUUAUUUGACAAGAUGAAUAUACGUAUGACGUACACAAUGGCAAUGAUCCGGUUUGUGAAUGGUGUGUUAGAUCCUUCGCAACAGACACAAUUUGCCAUUCCAUUGCAUACCAUAGCAAGAAAUGUGGGUCUGCCGUCUUGGUUUGUUGACCUAAGGCAUUGGGGUACGCAUGAGAGAGAUCUGCCAAACAUUGAUAUGCUUCGCAUGGCAGCAAAGGAUGCUCUGCAGUGGUUGUGGAAAAAUUAUUGGGAUAACGAUGAGCUUGAUGACUCACUGAAUGAGGAUGAUGCUCUGGAUGAAGAGACGAUAAGACAGCAAGAAUAUUUGGAUCGGUUGAGAUUAAAAAUUGAGCUAUGGAAAAAUAACAAUACCGAGCUAAGAGAUAACUGUAAUAUUUGGCUCGAAGAGAAAAAUAGUAUUAUUAGCAGUGAUAAUUUUGUAGUUGAUGAUGGUGGAAAAACUAAUUCCAGUAAAGCUGAUCAACUGGUAAAAUUUAUUGAUGAAACGAUAACGGAAGUAAAAUAUCUCUGGAAAGUUAUACGUGAUAAGAAUCUAUUCAUGAGGACUUUUCUUAAAUUUUAUGAUGACCUAUUUUUGAGCUUGUUAGUACGUAAGUUGCCUGGCUUUGACUUGGAAUUAAUUAAAUGGAUGUUUUCAGCGUAUACGGUUCUGUACCAAGAUGGUAAUUUAGAACUGAAACAAGAUUUGUAUGCGAUCAGAUCAAGAUUUAGUAAAUGGAUAGUAUUAGAGAAGGAAUUAUUGUCACCACUUGUUUCCCUGCUAAAUAUCAGAUCCAGAAUCUCUGAACUAUCGGAGCUAUUCAAUCCAGAUAUGACAUUUAUGCAAUUCAAGUUACUAUCGCUGCUCGUCAAAAAGCUUGAAGAAGAUAUUGGCAAUCAUAACUGGAGGAGAAAGAAAAGAAGGAAAGAUAACAACGAUACAACAGCCAAGUUAAAUGAUACACAGAGACAAUGGAAUCAAUUAGUGGCGGAUUAUCUUAAAUCGCAUGUGAUGUUAGAGGAGGAAAAACAGUUCAGCAUGUAUGGUGCUAAAGCAAAAGCUGUAGUAAAGAAAGCAAAAGAAGCAUCGGUGCAUAACAAUGAGCUUAGCGAUGACCUACAGAAACUUAAGCAGAGAUUGUUGAAUUUAAAAUCAAAGGAAAGUGUCAAACCCCCAUCCAUUGAGACGUUUAAUUGGGAUAGUCAUGACGAUUGGCAACCAAAGCCAUUUGGAAUAUUAUAA